AUGUUAAACAGGGACAGGGACAGGGACAGGGACAGGGACAGGGACAGGGACAGGGACAGGGACAGGGACAGGGACAGGGACAGGGACAGGGACAGGGACAGGGACAGGGACAGGGACAGGGACAGGGACAGGGACAGGGACAGGGACAGGGACAGGGACAGGGACAGGGACAGGGACAGGGACAGGGACAGGGACAGGGACAGGGACAGGGACAGGGACAGGGACAGGGACAGGGACAGGGACAGGGACAGGGACAGGGACAGGGACAGGGACAGGGACAGGGACAGGGACAGGGACAGGGACAGGGACAGGGACAGGGACAGGGACAGGGACAGGGACAGGGACAGGGACAGGGACAGGGACAGGGACAGGGACAGGGACAGGGACAGGGACAGGGACAGGGACAGGGACAGGGACAGGGACAGGGACAGGGACAGGGACAGGGACAGGGACAGGGACAGGGACAGGGACAGGGACAGGGACAGGGACAGGGACAGGGACAGGGACAGGGACAGGGACAGGGACAGGGACAGGGACAGGGACAGGGACAGGGACAGGGACAGGGACAGGGACAGGGACAGGGACAGGGACAGGGACAGGGACAGGGACAGGGACAGGGACAGGGACAGGGACAGGGACAGGGACAGGGACAGGGACAGGGACAGGGACAGGGACAGGGACAGGGACAGGGACAGGGACAGGGACAGGGACAGGGACAGGGACAGGGACAGGGACAGGGACAGGGACAGGGACAGGGACAGGGACAGGGACAGGGACAGGGACAGGGACAGGGACAGGGACAGGGACAGGGACAGGGACAGGGACAGGGACAGGGACAGGGACAGGGACAGGGACAGGGACAGGGACAGGGACAGGGACAGGGACAGGGACAGGGACAGGGACAGGGACAGGGACAGGGACAGGGACAGGGACAGGGACAGGGACAGGGACAGGGACAGGGACAGGGACAGGGACAGGGACAGGGACAGGGACAGGGACAGGGACAGGGACAGGGACAGGGACAGGGACAGGGACAGGGACAGGGACAGGGACAGGGACAGGGACAGGGACAGGGACAGGGACAGGGACAGGGACAGGGACAGGGACAGGGACAGGGACAGGGACAGGGACAGGGACAGGGACAGGGACAGGGACAGGGACAGGGACAGGGACAGGGACAGGGACAGGGACAGGGACAGGGACAGGGACAGGGACAGGGACAGGGACAGGGACAGGGACAGGGACAGGGACAGGGACAGGGACAGGGACAGGGACAGGGACAGGGACAGGGACAGGGACAGGGACAGGGACAGGGACAGGGACAGGGACAGGGACAGGGACAGGGACAGGGACAGGGACAGGGACAGGGACAGGGACAGGGACAGGGACAGGGACAGGGACAGGGACAGGGACAGGGACAGGGACAGGGACAGGGACAGGGACAGGGACAGGGACAGGGACAGGGACAGGGACAGGGACAGGGACAGGGACAGGGACAGGGACAGGGACAGGGACAGGGACAGGGACAGGGACAGGGACAGGGACAGGGACAGGGACAGGGACAGGGACAGGGACAGGGACAGGGACAGGGACAGGGACAGGGACAGGGACAGGGACAGGGACAGGGACAGGGACAGGGACAGGGACAGGGACAGGGACAGGGACAGGGACAGGGACAGGGACAGGGACAGGGACAGGGACAGGGACAGGGACAGGGACAGGGACAGGGACAGGGACAGGGACAGGGACAGGGACAGGGACAGGGACAGGGACAGGGACAGGGACAGGGACAGGGACAGGGACAGGGACAGGGACAGGGACAGGGACAGGGAAAAAAAAAGAAAAAAAAACCUUCAAUAUCUCGAGGAACCGUGA